AUACACCUGUGGUUAAACAAAAAAAAUAGAGCAUCCACCAGUAAACACUUUCUAAUUGUUAUUAUUUUUUUGGAUAUAUUUUUCUUUCAUCAACUUUAUAGUGUGUUUCAAAUUACUCCCCUCUCUCUCUCUCACACACACCUGGACAUAUGAUGCAAUUCGAGGGGUCUCUCUCUCACCCACACACGGACACACAUGCUUGAGCGACUCGCGGGGUUAGGUGACACCCAAGCUACUCUCACUUUUUUUUUUAACAAACAUCACAGAAUAUGAAUAGACUUAGAUGGGAAGAUAUGAACACAAUAAAAGUUUAGUGGCUCAAUGAGCGAUUAAAAUAGUGCCCAUUGUGCACAUGGAAACAACAAGUGUUUGACAAAAUAGAGAGGACAAAAAACAGUGAGGAUGAAAAAGGGGGAAGACUUAUGUGAGAGUUGAGACAAGAGGAAGGAGUAGUGGCACAUUAACUAAAACAAAAUCAUGGUCAAAGUGAAUAGGCAGUUGUUGACAAGUGUAUAAACAAGUGCAAGUCAAAGUGGAAAGUAGUAUAUUGGAAGCUUUAGCUGUUUGUUGAUGAGAUAAACAAUACAAAGAGUGGAGAAUUGAUCAUUAUAAAAAGAAUGGUUGAGUGAAGCUCAUAGAGAAUGAGUUUCAUAGUGGAAACUUGGAAGUCGGGGCAUUUAUUCUAAUAGUAUAUAAUAAUAAUAAUAAUAUAAUGGAAUAACUUGCGGAGGUACACUAAGCCUGUUUGUCACUUGAAUAUUUUAGUUCCAUACCACCUAUGUAUGUAUCUUCAUUCAUUCUUUCCCAGGUUAGGAUGAAAAUGGGAGAAAAUGAUGAUAGCUACAUGAUGAUGGUGAUGAUCACCAUAGUUAUUACCUUUGUCUCCUUGAUUUGGUGGUUUGUUGCGACUAGAGGCGGAGGGAGGAGCAAGGGUAAGUUGCCUCCGGGAGGAAGAGGGUGGCCGGUGGUGGGAGACAGCAUCAGCUGGUACAAUGCUGUUGCGAGUUCCCAUCCCCCGGCCUUCGUCCACAAGCAGGUCCGUCGCUACGGCCCAAUUUUCUCCUGUAGUCUCUUUGGGAAGUGGGCGGUUGCUUCUGCGGAUCCUGCCUUCAAUAAAUUUGUUAUGCAAAACGAAGGAAAGCUGUUCCAGUCGAACUACCCGAAAUCCUUCAGAGAUUUGGUGGGGAAGAAUGGGGUGAUUACUGCGCAGGGAGACCACCAGAGGAAGCUUCAUUCCAUCGCCUCCAACAUGAUGCGGCUUGACAAGCUGAGGUUUCACUUCCUGCAGGAUAUUCAGAUAGUUAUCGGACAGAUCUUCACCAAUCUACACCACAAUCAGGUUGUCCCCCUUCAAGAUGUUUGCCGCAAGCUAGCAAUUAAUUUAAUGGUCAAUCAGUUACUUGGAGUCUCCUCUGAAUCGCAAGUCAAUCACAUAGCUCAACUGUUCUCACAUUUUGUUGAUGGCUGCCUCUCUCUUCCGAUCAAUUUACCAGGCUUCGCUUAUCACAAGGCAAUGAAGGUAAAUACUAUAUGUUGUCCUUCUUCUUCAACUCUUUUUCUUCUUUUUGACAUUUUUUCAUUUCUCCUCAUUCACCAGGCUAGGGAAAAUAUAAUAAGCAAGAUUAACACGACUAUCGAGACUCAUAAAAGGAAUUCCUCCCGGGAUAUUGGCAAUGGUGUUCUGGGAAGGCUGCUAAAGGAAGAGAGCUUACCUGAUGAUGCGGUUGCUGACUUUAUCAUUAACCUUCUAUUUGCUGGAAAUGAGACCACAGCUAAAACCAUGCUCUUUGCUGUUUACUUCCUCACGCAAUGUCCCAGAUCCAUGAAGCAAAUGCUGGAUGAGCACCAGAGCCUAAGGAGUGAAAGGGGUGAGGAGGAGAUGCUUACCUGGCAAGAUUACAAAGCUAUGCCUUUCACUCAAUGUGUAAGUCCUCUUUUAAUCAUCUAUCACUAUGACCUCACUCCUCUUGCUACAAUAUAUAUUCUGGGCACUCAACCAUUAAUAUUUCUCCAGGUAAUUGAUGAAACUCUACGUCUAGGAGGCAUUGCCAUUUGGCUCAUGAGAGAAGCCAAAGAACAAGUAGAAUAUAAAGAUUAUGUCAUUCCAAAAGGAAGCUUUGUGGUGCCAUUUCUUUCAGCAGUCCAUUUAGAUGAAAAUGUCUACGAGGAUCCACGUAGUUUUAAUCCAUGGAGAUGGAUGGAACCAGAAAAUCAGGUUAUCCAUCUCAGAGGCUUUACUAAUUUCCUAAUGUUGAGAGAUAAAUAUAAGUCAUUAAUAUAUUAUAGCGUGCAUAACAUCAACAAAAUACAGGAAAAGAGAAACUGGAGGAGCAGUCCAUAUUUUGCACCUUUUGGCGGAGGAGCUAGGUUUUGUCCAGGGGCAGAGUUGGCUCGCCUUCAGAUUGCCCUCUUCCUACAUUACUUCCUCACCACGUUUAGGUGGAGGCAGGUGAAGGAUGACAACAUGUCUUUUUUUCCAUCAGCUCGAUUGGUGAACGGAUUUCAGAUACAAUUGAAUAGAAUAAGCCAUGAUCACCAUGUUUCCACCUCUAUCAACUGAACAAACAAACUAUAUUUGUAUGUUGUUCAGAAUUCUUCUGGGGUCCGAGGAAGGCUCUUCAUCUGUACAUUACCUUCAAAUACAUAUGUGUUGUUGUGGAUAUGGAUGUAAAAAAUAAUUACUGCUCUUUAUCAAACCAAAGCUGCAAGUCUGCAAUACUAUCAGUUUAUUGGACAAGGAUUUUGCCAAACACACAACCCAAUAAACAAACUUCACAGGGAUAUAGAAAAAAGAAUAGGUUAUCAACAGCAAGUAAUAUGCAAGAACCUAUAAAUUCAGUUGCAUAAAAAGUAACAUCACCUGAGAGGAGACAAGGAAAUGAAACACCUUGUUGCUCCGGCCGAAGAUAUUCAAAACGAAUAUUCAGCCCGGUUCUGUGUUUCAAUAAGAUUUCCAGUUUCAGAAUAACAGGAAGAGAAGGCAACUGAAUCCACACCAACUUUGUAUUAUGUGAUAUCAGCCUAUUAAGUUCUUCUACACGAAGUUUCCAUGUUUAAUCCUGGGAUGAAAGACUUCCAAACUGGAAAAUGAUACAGAAACCUUACAAAAGUAACCCUUCAAAGGGACAAACAGAGAUUUUUUUAAAAAUGUGCUAAGUUAAAUCUUCAAAUAUGCCAGCACAGUACUUUAACUCUAACUAGUGAUGCAGUUAACAUUCAUUGGAGUAACAUGGUGCUUGAACGUGUAGAAUGAAUGAUGAUUGUUGCAGACAUUUCAAGAGUCAAGACAUUGUAUUGCCUGAGACAUCUCUCUCAGGACAUCAAAGUUUAGUUGAAAAAUAAUUCUCCAAACAAGCAUGCUCCAUCCUAAACACAUUCCAUUUUAUUAACUGAAAAAGGACUCCAAGAACAUAAUCAUUGGCACACAAGCUCUCAUUUCAUCAAUUCAACCAAAGCAUAGAACUCUCAUCAUAGUUCUCCAUAUGUAGUUUUUAAGAUGUCCGAGAAGUAAUUAACCAUCUUCUAUGACUGAACUGCCAAAUAUGAUGGGAGUCAGUCAAAGGAGAUACAAAAUACAGGUCUCACUUUUAACUUAUGACCAGUACAAUUAUACAUAGUUAAGAACUCUUCAAUAAAGUAACAUCCAUGCAAAGUAUAGUUUUAUCUCUUGCACAUGCAUAAAUUCAACCUUUCAGUUGAUCAGCAGGAGUGCCAACUUUCGCCAGUAGUGCUCCCUGAACAUUUGAGAUGAGAUAUAUGGCUUUAAAAAAUAAGCAAAACAUCUAAAAAACGCAUCUGUAGUACUUACAUAAGAAAAAAUAGAGUCCAUCAGGCGUAGGUCACAGAAAACCAUAGAGGAGUUUCAUAAAUCAACCAAGUCGUGCCAGGACUAUUCCAUCCUUUGUAUAAUUGUACAGUUGUAGACCAUGUACUUAUUCCAGU